UCUAUCAAAUUGCGUCUGAGUAUAAAAGAUUUUGUAGAAUUUGUUUUUCUUUAACCGGGUAUCCCGGGUGUUACUGCCGUUUAACAAAAACCUUAUUCGAUUGAAAUUAAUUCACAUUGAGGAAAAAGUUUACGUGGAUGAAACACAAAGUGUUGUGAAAACUAUGGCCGUUCCGUACGUGCUGUGCCUCUGGAUUUUAGGGGUUUCGACAUCCGUAAAAGGAUUCUAUUUACCCGGCUUAGCUCCAGUUAACUACUGCAAAAUUGGCGAAGAUAGCGGAAAGUCUUGUAAAAGUGAUAUUCCACUAUAUGUAAAUAGACUGAACACUGAAGAAUCAGUAAUACCAUUUGAAUAUCAUCACUUUGACUUUUGCUUAUCCAAUGAAGCUCAAUCGCCUGUGGAGAAUCUUGGUCAAGUUGUAUUUGGGGAGCGAAUUCGCCCAAGUCCAUAUAAAAUAAACUUUUUGGAAAAUACAACAUGUCAGCAUCUAUGCACAAAAACUUAUAGAGGCUCAGAUCCUGAAUCUACCAAAAAACUUAAUCUUUUGAAAAUGGGUAUGGCUCUUUACUAUCAACAUCAUUGGAUCAUAGAUAAUAUGCCAGUAACUUGGUGUUAUCUUGUGAAUGAAGGGGGAAAAUCAUACUGCAGUACAGGUUUUCCUAUGGGAUGUCAAGUACGAAGAAAUCUUGAUACUUGUAAUCCAAUUGUAAAUACAUCACCAAGCAAAGUGGGAGCAUACUAUCUAUUUAAUCAUGUGGAUAUUGAUAUUACCUACCACAGUGGCGGCACUGAGGAGUGGGCCGUUGGAUUUGGAGAGAAUGGUGGGAGAAUUAUUUCUGUCAAGGUCCGACCAGCAAGUAUCAACCAUCAAAAUCAUGAUAAGCCCGACUGCACCAUUCAGAGCCCUUUGGAGAUUCCAAACAGCCUGACGAAUGAGGAAACCUUCAACAUAGCAUACACAUACAGCGUUCAUUUUAUUAAGAACAAUACGAAUAAGUGGUCGUCAAGAUGGGACUACAUACUUGAAUCGAUGCCACAGACGAAUAUCCAGUGGUUUUCAAUAUUAAAUUCACUUGUGAUCGUUCUGUUCCUAAGUGGUAUGGUUGCUAUGAUUUUGCUGCGAACCCUACAUAAGGAUAUUGCGAGAUACAACCAGAUGGAGUGCGGUGAAGAUGCUCAGGAAGAGUUUGGUUGGAAGUUAGUUCAUGGAGAUGUGUUUAGACCCCCUCGUCGUGGGAUGUUAUUAGCUGUUUUUCUUGGAUCUGGUUCACAGGUGUUUGGUAUGACGCUAGUGACCCUAGCCUUUGCCUGCCUGGGUUUCCUCUCACCGGCGAAUAGAGGAGCGUUGAUGACCUGCGCUCUAGUUGUUUGGGUACUUCUUGGAGCUGCUGCGGGUUACGUCAGCGCACGGAUCUAUAAGAGCUUCGGUGGGCGACGGUGGAAGAGCAAUAUACUGCUGACUUCCAUGCUGUGUCCCGGGGUGGUCUUUUCGAUCUUCUUCAUCCUCAACCUUGUGCUGUGGGGUAAGGGAUCGUCGGCAGCAAUUCCCUUCUCGACUCUUGUGGCUCUCCUCGCUUUGUGGUUCGGAGUUUCAGUACCAUUAACAUUUAUCGGCGCCUACUUUGGAUUUAGGAAGAGGAUUUUAGACCACCCUGUGCGUACGAACCAAAUUCCUCGUCAAAUUCCCGAGCAGUCACUCUACACUCAACCCGUUCCCGGAAUCAUUAUGGGAGGAGUUCUGCCGUUUGGAUGCAUCUUCAUUCAAUUGUUCUUCAUUCUCAAUUCUCUAUGGUCCAGCCAGAUGUACUACAUGUUCGGUUUCCUCUUCCUCGUGUUCAUGAUUCUGGUAAUCACCUGUUCCGAGACAACGAUCCUCCUGUGCUACUUCCACCUCUGCGCCGAAGACUACCACUGGUGGUGGAGGGCCUUCCUCAGCUCAGGGUCCACCGCUGGCUACCUCUUCAUAUACUGCUGCCACUACUUCGUCACAAAACUCAAUAUUGAAGAUGCUGUCUCUACGUUCCUCUACUUUGGGUAUACAACGAUAAUGGUAUUUUUGUUCUUCCUUCUAACAGGUACUAUUGGUUUCAUGGCUUGCUUCUGGUUUGUUCGGAAGAUAUACAGUGUUGUUAAGGUUGAUUAAGAUGUUCCCGAGUCAACAAUAUGGUAGCAGUUGUGUGGACUUCGUCCUACAUCCAAGUCGUAGGUGUAUUGUAAUUUAUAAAGUUAAAAUCAUAAGGAACUAAUAAAUAAAACUAGAUAAACUUUUAAUAUUUUUUUUAAUUCAAUCACUACAUAGAGUUUGGUAGGACUCUAAAUCUAUAAAGUAUUAAUCGAAAGCCUUUAUAUAGAACCUGUAAAGGUUAUCUAUAAUCUGUAUUUACCUGGGCUGAAUGACCAGUCUCGGUCUUUAAGAUUGAAGGUCCUGACUUAGCCCUCAGCAAUCCUUGCUGGUUACUUUAUUGGGGGCAACGCCAAUUCUCGAAAGUCUAAAUUUGUAGGAUUUUGUCUUAAGAAAUAUUGGUUACAAAAAGGAUUUUUUUUUUCAACUUUUUUUUUUCUAGUUUAUUUUUAUCUAUUUUUCGAUAGUAAUCGUCAUAAUUCUAAUGUUAUUUGUCAUACGGGAGAAAUACUUAGCUAAGUGUAAGAUUCGGAGUCGAAAUUUUAGUUCUCACUCUAAUGUGGUUAGUAUUCAUACUAAACUCGUAAAGUCUGGCUCAAUAACGUCGCGGUAUUAACCAUAGACUAUGUUAAUAUCGGGAUUAUAAUAGUCAACUACAUAUAAAGGAUGGGAUUGAUGCCCUCGUCCUUGUAUUAAGGGUGGACUAAAGUACGGAAAUAACAUAGCAAUUAAACUAACUUUAAUUGUGUUUUUUUUUUAAAAACCGUAACUUCUAAAUACUGUAAUACUUGUUGCGGUACGGCUCUAUGUCGGGUAUACCUGACUGUAAGGUUUGACAGAAGUCGAACCCAAAAGCAAAGCUUUUUAUACAUAGCUUUAACCACACUCACUGAUUUUAAUACUAGAUUGCAAUGCGUUUUCAUGACAUAAUCCGCUGAACUGAUUUCGAUAAAAUAAAAAUACGGUUCUUAAAUUAGGUUACUUAUAAAAACUUGAAUGUUUAAAAAUGCGUUUUGUUAAUAAUUAAAAGAUUAUGUCAUUACUAACAAUUUUAAUUCUAUAA